AUGAGGAAAAAAAGGGGAGAGAUGUUUAUGUUGGUGAGAAACAACGCGGUGUCUCAACCUCCCCCGAAUAAGAAAAAAGCGGCUUCGAAAGAGAAUAAUAAAAGCGAUGGAAACGAGGUUCUCGUCGUUCCUCCGGAACGAAUACGAAACUUUUCCAUAAUCGCGCACAUCGACCACGGGAAAUCCACCAUCGCGGACCGGCUGUUGGAAAUGACCGAUACGGUCGCGCAGAGAGACAUGCAAGCGCAACUGCUGGAUGGGAUGGAUUUGGAGAGGGAGAGAGGGAUUACGAUCAAGUUGAACUCUGCGAGAAUGAAUUUUACGAGCAAGAAAGACGGGGAGACGUACGUGUUGAAUCUGAUUGAUACGCCGGGACACGUGGAUUUUUCGUACGAAGUGUCCAGGUCGUUGGCGGCGUGCGAAGGGGCGUUGUUGGUCGUCGAUGCCAGUCAAGGCGUGGAAGCGCAGACGUUAGCGAACGUGUAUUUGGCGCUGGAGAACGAUUUAGAAAUCGUGCCGGUUUUGAAUAAGAUUGAUUUGCCGGCGGCAGAUUGUGAUCGAGUGGCGCAAGAAAUCGAGGACGUUUUGGGAUUGGACGCGUCCGAGGCGGUGCAAUGUUCGGCGAAAGCCGGGAUUGGAAUGGAGGAUAUUUUAGAAGACAUCGUGCGAUUGGUUCCACCGCCGAGAGUGCCGGUGGAAGGUGAACCGUUGCGAGCGUUGAUUUUCGAUUCGUAUUUCGAUACGUACAGAGGCGUCGUCGUCGUCUUUCGAGUCUUUGACGGCGAAGUCAACGUCGGGGAUAAGAUUGAGUUGAUGAAUACCGGGGCGAAAUACGACGUGUUAGAACUUGGCGUGAUGAAGCCGAACAAAAUCCCGGUGAAAACGUUGCGUCCAGGGGAUGUCGGGUAUUGCGUGGCUGGGAUUAAGGCCGUCAAAGACGCGAGAGUAGGGGAUACGAUUACGCUAGUGAAACAUCGAGCGGAGAAAGCGUUGGCGGGAUACAGCGAAGCUAUUCCGAUGGUGUAUUGCGGUUUAUUCCCUACCGAUACCGAUCGAUACAACGAUUUGAGAGAUGCGCUGGAAAAGUUGCAACUGAACGACGCGUCUUUAAAUUACGAACCGGAGGUAUCUUCGGCGAUGGGAUUCGGUUUUCGAUGCGGCUUUUUAGGGUUACUUCACAUGGAAGUCGUCCAAGAACGAUUAGAGAGAGAAUACGAUCUCGAUUUGAUCACCACGGCACCAUCGGUUGUUUAUCACGUCUACAUGGCCAACGGUGACAUGCUCACUGUGGCGAACCCGGCGGAGCUCCCCGACGCCGCCGGUCGAGACCGCAUCGAAGAACCCUUCGUUAAACUCGAGUUAUUCACGCCGAAAGAAUACGUUGGAUCGUUGAUGGAACUCGCCACCCAACGCAGAGGCGAAUACAUCGACAUGACGUUUCUCUCCCAAGAUCGAACGUGUUUGAGAUACGACAUCCCUUUGGGCGAAGUCGUGACGGACUUCUUCGACCAACUCAAAAGCCGAUCGAAAGGCUACGCGAGCAUGGAAUACAAAUUCAACGAAUACCGCGAAAACGAUUUAGUUCGCUUAGACGUCAUGAUCAACGGCGAAGUCGCUGAACCGUUAGCUACCAUCACCCACCGCUCCAAAGCCUACGGCAUCGGACGAGGGUUAGUCGAUAAACUCAAAGAACUCAUUCCGCGACAACAGUUCAAAAUCCCAAUCCAAGCCGCGAUCGGGAACAAAGUCAUCGCGAGCACGCAACUCAGCGCCAUGAGAAAAGACGUCUUGGCGAAAUGCUACGGCGGGGACAUCUCGAGAAAGAAAAAACUGCUCAAAAAGCAAGCCGCGGGUAAAAAAAGAAUGAAAGCGUUCGGGAAGGUUGAGAUUUCCCAAGAGGCGUUCAUGGCGGUGUUGCAAAUCGACCAGAGCAACCUCGAACAAUAA